AUGUGUGGCAUCUUUGCAGCCUUCAAACAUGAAGACAUUAAUAGUUUCAAACCAAAAGCUCUACAGCUAUCCAAGAGAAUCAGACACCGUGGUCCAGACUGGUCCGGUAAUGCCGUCAUGAACUCCACCAUCUUUGUUCAUGAAAGGUUAGCUAUUGUUGGUUUAGACUCUGGCGCUCAACCAAUCGCUUCAGCUGACGGCGAAUAUAUGCUUGGUGUCAACGGUGAAAUCUACAACCAUAUUCAACUUAGAGAAAAGUGUUCUGGCUACAAAUUUCAGACCUUCAGUGAUUGUGAACCCAUUAUACCAUUGUAUUUGGAGCACGAUAUCGAUGCUCCAAAACAUUUGGACGGUAUGUUUGCCUUCUGUCUAUAUGAUGCCAAGAAAGAUCGUGUUGUCGCCGCAAGAGACCCUAUCGGUGUCGUUACUUUAUACAUGGGACGUUCUUCCAAGUCUCCAAAAACUGUUUAUUUUGCUUCCGAACUAAAAUGUUUGACUGAUGUUUGUGACAGCAUCAUCUCAUUCCCUCCAGGUCAUGUCUAUGAUUCUGAAACGGACAAGAUUACUCGUUACUUCACUCCAAACUGGCUGGACGAAAAACGAAUUCCAUCUGUCCCUGUUGACUACCAUGCUAUUAGACAUAGCUUGGAAAAAGCUGUCAGAAAGAGAUUAAUGGCUGAAGUUCCAUACGGUGUUCUAUUAUCUGGUGGGCUGGACUCUUCUUUGAUUGCUGCCAUAGCUGCUCGUGAAACCGAGAAAGCUAAUGCCGAUGCCGACGGGGACGCCAGCGUUAACAACAAACAACUUGCAGGUAUCGAUGACCAAGGACAUUUGCACACAUCCGGCUGGUCUCGUCUGCAUUCGUUUGCCGUUGGUUUACCAAAUGCUCCUGAUUUACAGGCUGCGAGAAAAGUUGCCAAGUUCAUUGGUUCUAUUCAUCAUGAACACACCUUUACAUUGCAAGAAGGCCUAGAUGCGUUGGACGAUGUCAUUUACCACUUGGAAACAUAUGAUGUCACCACUAUAAGGGCCUCCACACCAAUGUUCUUAUUAUCUAGAAAGAUCAAGGCUCAAGGUGUUAAGAUGGUUCUUUCCGGUGAAGGUUCAGACGAGAUCUUCGGUGGUUAUCUAUAUUUUGCACAAGCCCCUUCUGCCGCCGAAUUCCAUACAGAAUCUGUGCAACGUGUCAAGAACCUACACUUGGCUGAUUGUUUGAGAGCCAAUAAAUCUACCAUGGCUUGGGGUCUCGAGGCUCGUGUUCCAUUCUUGGACAGAGACUUUUUGCAACUAUGUAUGAACAUUGAUCCAAAAGAUAAGAUGAUCAACCCCAAAGAGGGGCGGAUCGAAAAGUACAUUUUGAGGAAGGCAUUCGACACUACGGAUGAACCAGAGGUCAAACCAUAUCUACCGGAAGAAAUCCUAUGGAGACAAAAAGAACAGUUCUCCGACGGUGUUGGUUAUUCAUGGAUCGACGGAUUGAGGGACACCGCUGAAAGAGUUAUCUCAGACACCAUGUUCGCCAACCCAAAGGCUGACUGGGGCAAUGACAUCCCAACUACGAAGGAGGCUUACUGGUAUAGGCUGAAGUUUGAUGCUUGGUUCCCUCAAAAGACGGCCGCUGAUACCGUCAUGAGAUGGGUACCCAAGGCCGAUUGGGGCUGCGCCGAAGAUCCUUCUGGCAGAUAUGCGAAAAUCCAUGAAAAGCACGUCAGUGCUUAA